CUCAGCGCUCUGUUCAAGUGCUGCUCAUUGCGCUCCAGACGUUCCACGCACCAGAGUGCGCAAGACCGCUGGUGUUUAGGAUAGGCUAAAAUAGUAGACAAAACACAGUGGUGUUUAUUACAAUGCCACACUCGGAAGGCUAGAAAUCUACACACAUAUAUAUAUUCGAACACUUGCAUACUUCAAAGCCUGCAUAAACCAACCGUGGAGCUCAAGUAUCCUCAAACAUGAGCAUCAACUCGGAUGGCGGUGAUGUUCUUGAUGGAGAUAUGCGUCCUGACACUUCAUGACAAAAGAUACCCAACUCUAUUUUUCAGCAUCCUAUUAGCCGUGGCAAAGAAGAGGAGAGAAGAGCGCAGGAUGAAAAGCACUGGCUUACUACUGGGUUACUUUUUGAUGAAAGUUCUUGUGUGCGACGCGGAUGGAGAACCUGGAAAAAACCUGAAUGGUUUGGUGACGGCGUCCGGUACCAACGACUCCAGAGACGGGGAAAACGGUCUCUCUGAGACCCCUCACACGGAAGACAGGUGUCGAGGAUAUUAUGAUGUGAUGGGUCAGUGGGAUCCUCCGUUCGUGUGCCGGACGGGUAGCUACCUGUACUGUUGCGGGACCUGUGGCUUCAGGUUCUGCUGCGAGUUUAAGAACUCCAGAUUAGAUCAGACCACAUGCAAAAACUACGACACCCCGCCGUGGUCUAUGACAGGCAGGCCACCGCCGAAGAUGAUGGACCAACACGAUCCGACCAAGGAUAAAACAAAUUUGAUUGUGUAUAUCAUAUGCGGAGUAGUUGCUAUCAUGGCGCUGGUUGGAAUAUUCACCAAACUUGGCUUGGAGAAGGCGCAUCGACCUCACAGAGAGAACAUGUCCAGAGCACUGGCCCAGGUGAUGCGCCAGACAGCUCCAGGAGAACAUGUGGAGAGAGAGGAAAGCUUGGCGGUGCAUGGACAGCACUACGAGAACAUGCAGGCCAGAGCAACAGGAAACAACCUGCAAGGUGCCCAAAUAAACAGUGUGGGACCUGGGUCAUCUAUGAUGCAAGCUAUGACACAAUACCCUGCCCUUGGACAGGUACCUAUAGCCCACCCCUACGAGCCAUCCCAACCUGGAAAUGAGCACAACAAGUAUGCUUCGCUCAAGGCUGUGGCUGAAAAAGCAAAUGAAAACUUCUACACUAACAGACGGCAUCUAGCCGACCUGGCAGCGAAAGGCACUCUUCCCAUGCACUCGGUGAGUCUGGAGCAGGAGCCCACCAACCCUUACAGCCCCGAGUUGCCCUGCCAAAAGCAGAAUGGACACAAGUCCAAAAGCACCAAGGUCCACAGCUCUCACCCGCUGGCUUUUGGCUCGAACACCAUUGCCAACCCUGGCAUGCUGAAGGGCUGGGAGAUGACAGAAACGCUGGGUCGCCGGCACAUGUAUGCCCCCAAGAAACACAGCGCCACCGUGGAGCAAGUGAAUAAGCUGACGUCUGCCCACAGCCAGCACUACCUGCCACCACAUCCGUACUUUGUCACUAACAGCAAGACUGAAGUGACCGUGUGAACAGGGCCGCAACACCAGGUUUAUCGAGCCUAGGCCUGAGUGGAUGCGUGGAUCGGGGAAAUAAGGAUAAUAAAGGAAGCCUGAUAGAGGAAGAAGAGUGGAUUAGGACCCAGUCCUGCUGGAAGGAUUGACCGAGCAGUCUGGAUCAAGAUCUGCAUGGCUGUAUGUGUGCACUUUGUCUUCAAGCGGAUGAGCAUGGAACAGGUGUGCACUGGCCUUGAAUGGGAGAACGUAAUGUUAUUCAGAGGAACUCUUUCUUUGUCCAUUCCAUCACAAAUGAAUAAUAUGACCUGCAGUGAUGAGUUUGUCACAAGGCCAUCUGUCAGAGUGAUGAAGACACAUUUAAACCCUAAACAAUCAAUGCAACAAACAUACUAGAUGGGACCAUUGUCAUGAUUCGUAACAACCUGAAAGCUUGUGAGAAAGUCGCUCAAGGUACAGUAUCUUGUUUUCUCAGAAUCUUGUACAUAACAGAAUGUUACCAAGGACGUAAAAUGUCAAAAGACAUCGGUCUAGAAGAUUAAAGAUGAUGUGAGGACAAUCAUGUCUCUAGCUCUUCUCAUCUCAACACUCAAGACUUUCCAGAGCGUGUGCACCAAAAACCUACUGUAGCAAUGUAACACGCUAUAUACUGAAAAACACUGGGCUUGUGCCUUUCCAACAGAAGAACUCAUUAUAUGAGAGCUUGUGCUUUUCAGCGAGCACAUGGUGUUUCUUCAAUAACAAAGAUGCAUAAAAUAUAAACAAAUCUAUUGUUUACGGCUGUCAUAUUUCAGUAGAAAAUGUUGAUUGUCAGUGUUCUAAAAUACACAUUUUCCCUUCUGUUUUGCCAUUUUUCUCUGAUGUGUUCAUAUAUUGUAUGGCCCUAUCUUUAAGUGCAACUGUAGACUGUAGACAAAGGAAGUACCGUAGGGUUAAUGAUAGAGAUUAAUUUUUUCCAAUGUUAUGUUUGAUAAAAAUGAAUGGUUAAUUCUGAUACUGAACAAGAUGGUUACAACACUGCUAUUGUUGCAUUCCAAGUAUUCUGGGUAUUGAAAACUUGAUUCAGUAGUUUCUUUUGUCUUUAGCCACAUAGUGUGAACCAUUUCAAUUAACAUAAGGGCAAAAUGCUGCAUUUAAUUUUGAAAACUAAGCGUUUUGUCAUCCACAUCCAAAUUAUCCCAAGUAUCUGGUUGUGAAUAAUGUGGGUCACAUAAACUUAGAUUGCUAUGAAACAAGUGGCUUUAUCUCAGUACACUUAAAAUGACCUACAUCAUUUGCUCACCAAUGGAUUCUCUGCAGUGAAUGGGUGCCGUCAGAAUGAGAGUCAAAACAGUUGAUAAAAACAUAGCAAUAUCCCACAUGACUCCAGUCCAUCAAUUAAAGUCUUGUGAAAUGAAAAGUGUUUGUGAUCAGAAGAGAAAUAUGCUCUGAUCAAGCACUAUUUAUAAGUGUUCAUGAGAUUUUGAUAUGAGAGGACAAAAGGGUUUGGACUUUUUUACUGAAGGAAGCAUUACUAUAAUUUAUAGAUUCGAAUUGUAGCCUUAAGAGACAGUGUACAGUUAAAAUGGGUUAAUGAUGGAUUUGUUUAUGCUUUUAUUAGACAGCUGCAGCUCAUACAGAAUGCUGUUGCCAGGAUCCUGACUAGAACCAGAAAAUCUGAGCAUAUCACACCAGUCCUCGGGUUCUUACACUGGCUUCCUGUUAUAUUUAGGAUUGAUUUAAAGUACUUUUGCUCAUUUAUAAAUCACUCAAUGGCCUUGGACCUAAAUACAUGGCAGAUAUGCUCACUGGAUAUAAACCUAACAGACCACUCAGAUCAUUAGGAUCGAGUCAGUUAGAAAUGCCAAGGGUUCACACAAAACAAGGAGAGUCCGCUUUUAGCUAUUAUGCCGCCCGCAGUUGGAAUCAGCUGCCAGAAGAGAUCAGAUGUGCUAAAACAUUAGCCACAUUUAAAUCUAGACUCAAAACUAGACUCAAAACUCCUCUGUUUAGCUGUGCAUUUAUUGAAUGAGCACUCUGCUACGUCCGAACUGAUUGUUCAGUUUUUAUUUUAAAUAAUUUAAAAAGUUUUGAAAUUCCUUGUUUUAUUGUUGUGAUUAUUAUUAUUUUUUUAUGAUUAUUUUACUUCCUUUUAUGUAAAGCACUUUGAAUUACCAUUGUGUAUGAAAUGUGCUACGUAAAUAAACUUGCCUUGCCUCGCUUUGCCUUUCAGUUUAUAAGAUGGUAAAUGAUUGCCUGGAGUCUUGUAUCUUACUUGUGGAUUAUUGUGAUGUUUUUAUCAGCUGUUUUGUCUCUCAUUCUGACGGCACCCAUUCACUGCAGAGGAUCCAUUGGUGAGCAAAGAUGUAAUGCUAAAUUUCUCCAAAUCCGUUCUGAUGAAGAAACAAACCCAUCUACUCAACUCAAAAAUGUAUGGACAUUACUUUCCACCCUAAAAUACAACACUGCAAUGUGUAAUUCAAAAUACGGGUAAAAUACCUGUGGAAAAAAAAAACAAAAACAAUACAGAGCACAUUGGACUGUAUUUUAACAGUUUUUUUUUUCAGGACAGCUAUUUAAAUGAUAUCUGUCAGCUAGUGACAUUUUAGGUGUGGCAUGUCUUCUACUGCACAUUUAAAUGUUUUAAAGCACAACAAGAAUGAAUUAUUACCCCCUAAGCCAUUUGUACAAAAAUAUUGGAUCAUCAAGACAGCUACAAAAACCUCCUUUGUAAGUUAAAUAAUACAAUUUGAAUUAACAAUUUAAAACGUUGAAAAUUCCAUAAAGUGUGGGGAAAUUCCGAUAUUAUUUUUUAAAAGUAUUCCAAACAGAAGCCCUGGAGCAUUUCAUCAUAUCCUUAUGCCCAUAUUCAUUGCAGGAUUUAAAAAAAUUGCAUAAAUCUAGUGUGACCCACCCAAGCCACAUAUUAAUAAAACAUUUUAAGAUCUGCAGACCAGUUGGAAUCCAAAUCAUGUUGCAUGUAAAUCUGGGAAUGAUUAUUUAUUAUGAGAAAUAAAAAUCUCUGUCAAGAUUUAACAACAUACCAAUAUCAGUAUUGUGUCCAAUUUUGGCCUCUGCUGUCCUAAGAAUUCACUCUAAAGAAGAAGAAGAAGAAAAAAACUCCUGCAAAAUAAUACAAGCCCUGCCUCCAGUUUAACUGCUUGUCUUCUUCAUGCUAUUGAAUACUGUCUUUGUGCGUCACUGCCAAACAGCCUGCGACAAACCAGUACUUAAGACUGACAUAAUGGCUGCUGGUCUGUCAGUCACUGAGUCCACUCAACAUCUAUUAAACCUGAGUGUCUCACUGCAGGUCACCUCAUGACUCAGAGUGCACUACAGGAUCACUCACCGGGGGGCACGUUACUUGGAAUUAAAUCACAUAGUGAAUACCUUUCCCUCUGAAAUCUCCAAACACUGCAGAAAUGGAUUAGCACAGAUAAUGUCAAGAUUCGCAGGGUAGCUAAAAAGACCUGCACAGCUGGGUUCCAGGAUUCCAGUCUGACUGCAUAAUAUAACAUAUGAAAUCGCCAUUGUGAUAUAGAAAUCAGGCAUGUGGGAAAUAAUCUAAGUUAACAAUUGGGAGAGAAUUCACUAAGAAUGAAUUGUGCCCACUGAUUAGUUUAUUAGCUUUGUUUUAGCACCAAAGGUGGUAGGUAAAUACUGCAGUAGGUAAAUACAGCAGGAUUUUGUGAACAUGAAGUAAUACGCCUUAUGAUGCAGUCACACUAUACUUACUCACACAUGCUUGGUCAAUGGUGCUUCAUUCAUUUCCAUUCCUACACAUGAAUGAAACAGUGAAACAAAUGAGAAAAAGUCUUGUCUUGCAUAUCAGAUUUUGAUUUGGAGAAAAUUAAGUUCUGACCUAUAAAUCUGCUUAACAAAAAGAAGAUUUCCCUUACACAGAUUUUGUCAUUGAGUUCAAGGUGGUCACGUGAUUUCAACAAAAACCUGCUUUAAGCUGGUUUAAAAAUGACUUCUAUGUGAGCAGUGCUUCAUAAAUUGCUACACUAUUGAAAAUAAACAAUGUACCUUUUCGUCUGCAAAAGGUGUCUGAAAUUUCACUAAUGUGACCAUACCUAAACUCUUUGCUCAGACAUUUACGAAUAUCACUUCUAUUUACUGUUAUAUAAAAAAAAGAUUAUUUUUGUUGCUAUUUACAUUUGGUGCAAACAGUAUGUACCACUAAUGCAACCUACAGUAAUACACAAAACAGCACUAUAGCAAUGUAAAUAAUACCUGUUUAACCUGGAUUAUGGUUUGUUACUGAAUAAAGCUUCUGAUGCUAAAAUACCUCACAAAAAUGUGGCGCAACUGCUUAGUGAAUUCAUCUCUCAGUGUGUUGAAAUGUAUGAAAUCCCAUGUUACGUUGAGCCUAUAGGAGGGUCGUCUUAUUACUGAUUUCCGUUUCCACCUCUCAUUGUGCCUCGCUGUUCAUUAACAGUCACUAGGUAUCAUUUUUAUGUUUUCACUCAGUUUUAUAGAUUAUUGGGGCUGGCCAUGAAUGAAUGCAUAGAAAGAACAUACAGAGGUUUUUAUCUUUUGACAUCAGCACAAGGUCUUAUUAGUUAGAGACGUGAUGAGCUAGCACAUAACAGAUGCAGUCUUGAACAGUCAGCUGUACAUUACAUCACAAAAGGGCUGAAUAUUAGCAGAACAACUUUAAUGCUGUGAUCAUGAAGUUUAGAUCCUGAGGGAAUGCAUUCUGAAUCUCAGUGAAAACACAUUGACAUGUAUAGGCAGAUGUUAUAAAAAGCUGUGCUAAAUGAUAUUGCCCUUUAUUUCAUGUGUUGAAAAACUCCAUAACCCCACUGCAAUUGAUAUUGAUGUUGGUUUGUGUAUUUGCAUCUGUUAACUGGUUCAUUUUAAACACUCAAAUGCGAUUUUAUAGAAUUUCAUUUUGAAAAGUAAUACCUCAAAUACUUUUGACAAGUAGAAACCUACUGUUGAAUUAAUUUAUUUAUUUGUUUUUUCUGGUAAUGCUGUUAUGCCAGUGGUACAGUAUACUAUAGUUUCAAACUCUUUUAUGAAAUGAUAUUGUCAUAUUCUUCACAUAAAGCCAGAAUAGUUACACAAUAACUUGAUAUUCAUAAGUAGUAGCAUAGUAGUUGCUGAUGAGACCAAGUUUGUCCAGUUCAGUGGUCUAUAUUGUAAAUCACAGAGACGAAGCAUUGAGGGUUACAAUGAUACCCACCAAACUACUUCCUGCACAAGGCUCAAAUUCUAAAAUGAAACCUGCGUGUCUUUUAUUGAAGGGUUAUUUUGUGAUCCAGGUUUAUUUGAAAAUGUGUCAAUAUAGUAUUCAGUUAGUCAUAAUACUGUGUCUACUUCAUUGGUGAUGUAAAACGAAGCAUCUGGGAAACAGAGCACAUCUUGCAGCCCGUGGAUCACAUUUAAUACACUAAGGUACAUUUUUUAAAUAAUGUAUUCUAUGUAACAUUUCUAUGUGGAAGUUGAAAGUUUAAGCACUGUUGUACUGUUCACAUCACAAAACAUAUUUACAAUAAAUGUCUCCUCUAUA